AUGCCAAAGCUUCUCACGCGCACGCAUGUGCCUUUAGGCUCGUGCACCUCCAUGACGCCUAUACAACCCUUUUAUUCAGGAGUGUUAAUAGGCACAAGUACUGGCCACUUAUUUCUGAUUACCUACGUUAAAGGAAGAGCGAGAGUAAGCACUCCGAAAGGGACUGUAGAAAGGAAGAGUCCAGUUGUUGAGCUUACCAUUUGCAAAAACCAACUGGCGGUUAUGCGCAACUCUGGGCUUCUACAGAUUUAUGAACUACGGCUGGAUGAAUCUAGUGCUUCACCAUGCUGUUUGCAGCUUAUCUGCGAACACUUUGUUGACGAAUGCCCAAGGUUUAGGCCGCUGUUUCUAGACACGGAAACACUGCUUGUUGUUCGCAAUAGUGCCUUACACAACCUCUUAAACAAGGAGGAGCAGGUACUGCUGGGCUCUGGUACACUCCUUGGUAUAGAACAGCUGAGCACACAUAGUACUCAGUUUGUUCUCUACGGGGAUGGGCUUACAUUAUGGAAGUGGACGAGAACAUGUCCUACUAUUCAGUUACAAAGUUAUCUACUAGACCUACACAGAUAUGCUGCAAUUGAGACAGAAGUUACUCCAUGUAUAAUGGAUUUCUCUAUCCAUCAGGGGUUUGCCUUCUGUGCUACUAACAUGGGUCUAUUACUAUACUUUCCAGAACCGCAAAUUUCAGAGCCCCUUACGGUAGAUGGAAAAAUUUAUCCGAUGGUUUAUCCGACAAUCUGCUUAACAACACGAAGGCUUCUCUUUUGGGACAAUCUAAUAGUACCGUGUGGGGGACAUGGUCUAGAACUUCUUUCACUUAAGGUAUCUGAAAACACAACCCCCGAUAUAACUGGGAUAACCGUCAUGACAUUUGAAGAUAGCUCUACAUGUGGCGCUGUUUCUAGUGGACUGCUUUGGAUAUGCACUGGUGGAGCAGGGAUAUGCCUGCUAACAGAUUAA